UAGCGUUACAAGUACAUGACCAAACUACUUCAUCUUUUUGUAUCCCCGCCAAAAUGGGAAACAGUGUAUUUUGAGAAAUGACUGAAUGAGGAGGCUGUGGCGUCCACAGGCACAGCGUCCAGUUAUCUUUUUAUUUAUUUAUUUAGGCAAUUAUCCAUCAUAUACAAUACAUAGCAUACUUUUACAAUAAAGUAAUACGGUGAAAUGUCGUCUUCAAGAGUUGAGAUAAAUUUCCGACGUCUGCUAUCGAAAUGUGAAUCUAUGGUCGCAGAUUCGACUAGUUUUGAUUGGAGAACUGAAAACUAUGUGGAGUCAUUGCAGCAGCAGCUGUUGGAACUGUGUAAUCAGCCCAGCAGUUCUACUCCAGAGCUUCUAACAGAAUACACAAGAAGAGUAGAUUUCCUAAAUGGCUUGGUGAAGGCUGACAGACUGCCCAGCGCGUCUGAGAAGGCAUUGGCCAGCCAGCUGCUAGUGCCGAGUCACAUGCCGAACAGAGAGCGACUGACGGCGACCGAGGAGCUGCAUCUGCAGAAGACAUCACACUACACGCAGCAGAUGCGGGACGAGCUGCUAGGCAGAACCGACGGGUCCCCUGGCGGUGGGCUCCGGCACAGAGGGAGACAGAAGGAGAAGGAGGAGGAGGAGGAAGGCACGGAGGACAUCGACGUGCUCCUGCGGCACCACGAGCGUGCGCAGGAGAAGCUUGCCGAGGAGAUGCUGACGUUCGCACAGACGCUGAAGCAUAACUCGCUCGCCGCACAUCACAUCAUCACUGACGACACCAAGGUGUCUCUCUCCAAAGAUGUGGAAUCUACUCACUCAUACUUAGCAAACCUCACAUUUGGAGGUGCCACCGUCUGA